AUGAAUGUUCAAAAAAUUGUAACCUUUUGUUUCGCUAUAUCUUAUUUAUUAUAUUGUCAUAUUAUAUGGAAUGGAUGUUAUAACAUUUAUUCCAGUUCUGAAGAUGAAGUAUAUAACUUAUUAUAUUAUAGAAAAAAAGAACCUAAAACAGUAAAAUUAGAAAUAAGGAAUAAGUUAAAGAUAAAAGAUAUCCAAAAGGUUUAUGUCAAAAAAACACCAUGUCCUGUUUUACCUAGACCAAUUAAAUCCAUUUUUCAUUUAAACUGGUUUAGAAAGUCACCUGAUUUAAUACCCAUAAGUAUACAGUUAUAUUCUAUGUUUGACGAAAAAAAUAAUUUCCUAGGUUUUGUCCUUCUAUGUUCUGCAAUUUUUACUAUUAUAGAAUGGAUUUAUUUAGUCUAUUUAGUAGGGUCAUUACUAUGGGACGGUGUUAUUAAACCUAUUUUUAAAAUUCUCUAUAUGGGAAUAUCAGUAUAUUUGAUAAUAAGAUUUAGUGUCCUCUUUUUACCUUACACGAAAUCUUAUUUUUCUCAAGAAAAUUAUAGAUACCUAUCGUCCUUCAUUCUUCAUUCUUAUAAUUUAAUAACGAAGAUUUCCAAAGAAUUUGGGAACGUAUUCAAUAAAGUUAUUCAAGAAAAUUCUAUAGUAGAAAAAGAGCUAUAA